AUUUAUGAAAUUUAAUUGUAAUGAAUAGUUCCAUAGUACAAUGUACGUACAUAAAAGUACUCAGAAAUCCACCAAGGCUUUAUAUUUUAUGAUGAUAUUAAAUACUUAUAUUUGAACAUAAUAAUGUAUGACAACCACGAUGGCGUUUAUUAAAAUAAAUGUUUAAAUUUAGGUCGUUUUAAAAAAUGGCCACCGGGAUAAAGACGGUAUCGAAGAACGAGGACAACUUUAUGAUAAAUAUGCGAUUAAUGAAAAAAACUGGAUUCUAUCAAUUAUUGGAUUCGCGGAGUCUAAAAGUGUUUGGUCACAACGUAUUCAAAUGCAUGUCCGUAGUUCAAAUGUCGAUCCUUUCGUCGGUGGCCUUUAUAUUUGUUGCAAACAUAUAUUAUUUUUCGGACGACAUCAAUACAGUGAUGAUGUAUUCGAUGUUAAUUACAUCCGAUGUGCUCUCGAUUUUAAAACUCUAUUACAUACUCCAAAAUUCAGAUACGAUAUGGAACUGCAUACAGAUGACGUCUAUCGACGACUUGUCUUACAAGUAUCACGAUAGGCGUAUACUUGAAGAGGGCCGAUCCAAGUCCACGUCGUAUUCGAUACUAAUUAUGUUUAUGUGGUUGAAUCUCAUAGUAUCUUGGUCAUUGGGUCCGCUGUUUGUCACAAAUUAUUUUUUAAUCGUAGAACAGAACGACGAGAUUUACCGUUACCGUUUCAACAUAAUGAAUUUCGCAUUCCCGGCAACCGAUCGAUUCUACAACGACAAUUUCAUGAUUUAUUACGGGAUAGAAUUUAUCACACUGGUGCUAUGGUGUCAUUGCACGAUGAAUUUCGAUGUGUUACUGCUGUCGAUGAAUAUUACGUUCAAGUAUCAGUUAAAAACUAUUUCGAAUUCUUUCAGUGCAUUCAAUUUCACACGAUAUAAUGACUUCAAGAAUAAUCGUACAAAAAAUGUUAAGCAUCACAAAGAAUCAGAAUCGAUGUUUGAUUUCAAGAGUUUGAUUUACGAUCAACAGCGUGUUAUUGAAAACAUGAAAAACAUUUACCGAGUAUUUCGACCUGUGGUACUUACUCAACUAGCUUCAGAGUCUUUAAUAAUAAUGCUACUGUCCUGUAUCAUAAUGCUGAACUAUUUUAAUGGUAUUUCAUUGUUAUCUGCGUUGAACUUGAGAAUAUUUGCAGCGAUAUCGACGUUUUUAUUUCAUAUAUAUGUUAUCUGCUACUUAUUCGACGACGUCAACGAACAAAAAGAUUCGAUGAAUCUUGCUUUGUACAGCAGUGAUUGGACGACAAGUGAUCUACAACAUAAAAUUCUACUACUUCAUGCCAUGCGGAUGAAUAACGCCGAAAAUCUGAGACUACAAGUGACGAGAAAUAAAAUAGUAAAUUUUCAAAUGUUUACGUAUGUACGUAUGAUUUUUUUCUCUUUUUAUUAUAGUGGCUAUUGCGGACAUUACUUUUAUUAAGAAAUAUAAUUUUACGACAUUAUAGAUACAAUCUUAUAAUUAUUCACUUGUUGUUCGUAUAGCUAUAUAUAUAGUGAUUAAAUCCCGCGUAUAGGGAAACCGAUGAUGAGAUCAUAGGAUAAGGUAGAAUUGUAAUAAAUUAUGUAGACUGAUUCAUUUGUUAAUUCGUUUUAUUUAAACAAUUCAAAAUAAAUUGUGAUACAAUUUUAAACUAUAAAAUUAUCUCUAUGUAUUAGUAUUCUCGGAUCACCCAAUAUUUCUAAGUGUUUAAGAAAUAUCAAAUAUGCGAUUUCAUUCGUAGCACUUUUGAUAAAGUACUGCGUUGUUAUACUAACAACAAUCUUCUUCAUAGGGUAAAACUUCCUUUGACAUCAGACAUCCAAUCUGUCUGUCUCUGCAGCUUCUCUCCAUCCUGUUCCAGGUCUUAUCAUCGCUCCAAACAUCCCUGGACUCUGGUGACACCGACCACAGUCCUCCCAUCUCAGGCGAGGUCUACUCAGAGGUCGUUUUCCUGCAGGAUUAUUUUCGAUCGCGGUCCUUAUUAUUGACUUCUGUUUUUUCCAUACAUGUCCUCCCAUUUAAGUCUUCUUAAAGAUAUUUCCAUUGUAAUGCUAGGGUGUUGAAAAAGGACCUGGGGUUCCCGAUUAUGUAUUUUCCUCCAUUCAUCGGUUUGACUAUUCUUGUAUGGUCUGAAAAUUCUCCAUAGAAUUCUCUUUUCGAAAAUACCUAAUCUUAUUUCUUCCGUUUUUCUAAGGGGUCAUGUUUCUGACCUGUAAAGUACCACUGUGUGAUGUUAUCAUAUAUGUCUGGUACACUAACAAUAAUGUUAUAUUAAUAUUACUGCUGUAUCUAUUAUUAUAAUAUUUGAUCGCGCUUAUAGCAUUUAUCAUUGGUCAUAUUCUCGUGUGGUUACUAACCUUUGUUUAAUCUUGCACUCCCCACGCAUUAUCUCAUUUCUUAGAAAUGGUUUCUCCGAAGGUUGAUUACUUUCAUAUAACUUGCCAAUUAGUAUUUCGUUGUGUUUGGGCCCCAGAAGUAUUCGAGUUCAUAAUACCUAUAUUGUAAUAACAACCAUCCUAACCAUGAGGCUAUUCGUUGUAUAGUUAUUUUAGGUAAACUCUCAUAUUAUUAUUAUCAUAUAUUUAUAGCUAGUCUCCAGUACGUAGUAGACAGUAGUAUAUUAUAACUUAAUAUAUUUUAAUACAACGGCGUAUGCUGUGUAAGCGAAUCUAAUGCCAGCAAAAUAGCAAAUAGUGUUACAGUGCAUUAUUUUAUAAUAUAUAUAAGUACAUUUAAACGCAAUGAUGUUUAGUUCUUAAGUAUUUUUGUUUUUUUUUCGUAUGUUUAUAGAUCAUGCGGACAACGUAUUCGAUAUUAUCGGUAUUGGAAAAAAUGUGUGCAAACAAGACGUAAACUAUAAUAUUAUGAUGAAACUCGUAGUGGGCGUUUAAUUCAAACGUUUGAAAACAAUAUAAAUUAAUAUUAUAUUGUUACAAUAAUAUAGUCAAUAGAAUCAAGAAUAAACACACAAAAUAGAAUAAAAUUAAAUGUAUAGAUCGUGUUUGAC